CCGUCCGUUGCUAUUGCGUUGGUCCGAAUAGCUACAGUAUCAAACAUCAAAAAUCUACAGCCACAAGCUUGUUCUCGUCCCCUAAAAUCCGACGCAAUGCUGGCCUCCCGUCGUCUGUUCCAACUCCUCCUGCCAAUCUCAUUACUCUGUUUCCAGGUGUACAGCAUUCUCUUACCUACACAAGAUCCUUUCUACCAGCCGCCUACUGGCUUCGAAAACCGGACCCCAGGCGCCAUUCUACGCACACGCCGGAUCGAGGCUUCCUACUUCGGCCUGAUUCCCGAUGCCGUGCGUGCAUAUCAACUGCUCUAUCGCACCACAGCAAUCAACGGCUCAGCCAUAGCCACCGUGACAACCAUCUUCAAGCGUCCCCAAGCCAUGACAGACCGCUUCAUCAGCCUCCAAUGCCCCUACGAUGGAGCUGCCAAAUCCGGCUGCUGUCAGCCAAGCUAUAACUACCGGCUCUUCGCGCCACAAGACGACAUCAUCAACUCGGUGGACUUCCUUUCCCUCCAAGCGCUGCUGAUGGAUGGCUACAUUGUCUCAUCACCCGAUUACGAAGGACCUGAUUCAGCCUUUGGCGCCGGACGGUUAUGUGGCAUGGCGGUGCUGGACAGCAUGCGUGCUACUGCAAAGUUCUGGAAAACACUCAAACUUACCUCGAACAAACCCCUGAUAGUUGGUUACGGCUACUCCGGCGGUGCAAUCGCCCUCGGGUGGGCCGCUUCGCUCCACGCCCUCUACGCUCCCGAGUUGCACGUCGCCGGCUGGUCACUAGGCGGCACGCCUGCCAACCUCACGGGCACGUUAGCCUCCAUCGAUGGAACACUCUUCGCGGGCUUCAUACCGCAAGCGCUUGUUGGUCUCAGUUCGCCAAGCGCCUACGGAGCCCAACUAAUCCCCGUUUACAACCGGAUCUUCACUCCCUACGGCAAGACGAUCCUCAACAUAGCCACCCGCAUCUGCGGCGUAGAAAACCUCUUCACCUUCGAGUUCAAGCAGAUCCAAGUCCCAUCAGUCCAGACUCUAGGCACAAGGCUGCUGCAUCAACCAACUAUCGCCGCUGUACUGCAGGACAGUAUAACGGGCCUCCGUGUCAACGAGACUCCUAUUGCGCCAGUGUACAUGUACCACGCGAUGCAGGAUGAGAUCAUCCCGUACGCGAACGCGAGCGCACUUGGUCGCACAUGGUGUGAGAAUGGCGCUUCCGUGCAAUUCGUGUCUGUUGCAAACGGCGGGCAUGCAACGGCCGGCAACCUUGGGUUUGCAGGAUCUCUAGCUUUUAUCACGGCGGCGUUCAAUGAUACGACACCCAAGGGGUGCACUCAAACCACCAUAGACAACAAUCUGCUUGAUCUGGCGGUGCUGGGAAGCGAGCUGGAACCUGUGUUGGCACGUAUGCUCGAGGCUCUCGCAGUCGUGGGAAGGGGUGACACGAAUAUCAAGAAGGAUCUUUCUCGCUCAAGCAGACGGUGAGGUGAUGGCCCUUUUCAUGGAAGUGGUAUGUCGAUCUUCCGCCUGACAUCCUGCUGUCGGCAGCGCUUCUCGGACAUGCAUAGCUUUGGGUAUCUUGGUGACCUAAUCGAAACCUCUCCGCGUCCAGAACGCCUUCGCUUCUUCUACGGAGGUCGGCAUGGUUGAAGCGAGCCUUAAACUUCGCCUUCCACAGCCAUGCUCAUACCCUUCAUUGCCUGCGUCCCAUCUCGUGGCCUCCCUACAACAACCCCUCGCCUAACAACCUGAUCCACCUCCCGACUCAAGCCAGCCCACACCUCCUUCCGUCGCUCCACCGCCCACCUCGGCCUCUCCCUCGCGG